AUGCCUGGUAAAGCAAAUGCUUCUCAGAGAAAGUCUCAACAGCUGAAAAGCAAUUCAGAAAGAAAAAUCAACAAUGAGGAACUGGAGUUGUCAGAGAAACAUGUUAGAAACAAAGGAAAAAGAAAUAAAAAUCAUUCAAAGCAUUUAUCUUCUGAAGUACAAACAAAACAUACUAACCUAAAGCAGAUAAAGACAGCAUCCAACAAGAGAAGAACCUGGCAACUUCUUUCAAAGAGUGCCAGAGAGCAUUUGCAAACUAUGAUAGAAUCAGUAAUAACAGCAAUUAUGAGUAACAAAAUUAAACAAAAAGAACAAAUUCAAUAUCAUCUCAACUACCUGAAGACAAGAUUGCUACAAUUGUGUGAAACCAUGAAAGUCCCUCCCAGAAAGCUGAAAUAUUUAACUAAUGUUUUAAAUCUACUGAAAAUGGAAAAGGCACAAGAUAGAGCUAAUGAAGAAGGUCUGGCAUUAUUGCAGGAAGAAAUGGACAAAAUAGUACAGACCACAGAAUCUAUGACUGAAAAUAUUCAUAGUCUAAAGAACAAAAUUCAAAUUGUGGCACAUGAAGUAGAAGAAGAGAUGGUAAAACAGAUGCUUCAAAUGGAUUGUAGUGGGGUACUCCCUCUUCCAGAACUUUCUCAGAACAGUCUUAAAUCACCCAUACUUCACAAAGAAAUUUUGAUGCUAAUUCCAAACCAAAAUUCUCUUGUAAAAGACUUGGAUGCUCUUCAAAAUUCAUUCCAGAUGAAUAACUUGUCAAUGUUCAUCAAAGAAGCCUAA